UUGUUUCUGAACACAUAAAUAACACAGACACACCUUCAUCUUUAUACACAGAUUAAGGCAUAAAUAAUAUAAACAUUAUGUUAACUGUCAUUCACUCCCUCACUCUACGUCCCACUGAGCCUUUACUGCUCCUCAGGGGCCUGUGGUGAAGCAACACUAGAGUCUUACAGGAAGUGGUGGAUUCACAGGGCCAUGUGACCAGGUGUGAUGUCAUGUAGGGGAGUGGCUAUAGCUGGUACCGGUUCUAAGGACCCGCCCUCACAGCAUCACUUGACAGGGAAAGUUGUUCCGUCCAGUGAAAGGAAGGGGCAGCAGAUUUCCAAAAUGGACGCCACUCCUUACACCUUUCAAGCAUCCUCCGAGACAAUGUUUGCCAGCCAGCUUCUAGAAUUUAAAACAAGUUUAAUUGAAGCUGCUGCAGAACUUCAUAUGGGACGUUCUGCUAAAAUUCAGUAUGAAGAACAAAUGAGUAAAGUCAUGAUGGAAAAACAAGAUCUUCUGUGGCAAAAUGAAACUUUAUCAAAUCAGACAAAGAACCUGGACAAGCAGCACACAGAAGCGGUGGAUGCUUUAAAAAAACAGUUUCAGGCAAAGAUGUGCGCUGUUGAACAGGAGAAGGGGCAAAUUCAACUUGCUGUAGAAGCUAAAGGGAAAGAAAUUGGCAGCUUGAAAGAAGAAUUGAAAGCAUUACAGAUGCUAAAUUCUAACUUACAGAAGAAACUACAUGAAAUGGAGCAGAAAGCUCAGUUGCAUAUGGUGGCCAAGGAAGAUCACAUUAGGCAGCUCUCUGAAUUUGAAAGAUGCUAUGCCAACAUCACCUGCCAGUUUGCAAUCGCAAAAGAUAUGCAUGAAAAAUUGGAGCAAAAUGUACAGGAAGCCAUACAGCAGAAUCAUAAACUGAUGUCUGAAAAUAAAGAGAAAAAUUCAGAGUCAGAUCAUCUAAGAGAGGAACUAAGGGAAAAUUCUGUUGAGCUGAUGAAAUAUAAGGUGAUGUGCGAGAAACAGGCAGAUGAGGAGAAACACAUCCUUACUGAAAAAGAACAGCAACUGAGAGAGCUACAAAACAAGCUUUUAAUGGAAACUGAAGUAAACAAAAAGCUCUCAGAGGCCAAUCUUAGUCUCAAGGAUGAGAAGCAGGAGGCGUUAAGAUCAUUAUUUAAUAUGAUGGAGCUAAUUCAGAGGUACUCUCAAACCAUCCAGCACUUGGAAAUUCAACUGACUUCAGUAGAAAAAGACUAUCAGGCCCUGGAGAGAGAUAAUGAGCUGCAGAGGGCGAAGGCAAAAGAAAAUGAGGAAAAGUUCCUGGCUCUGCAGAGUGAGCACGAGAAAGCCCUGGAAAUGCAGAAGAAACAGGACGAGACUGUGACACUUCAGACUGACACAAAAAGUAACGAGCAGGAAUCAGCCAAUAAGAAACAUAAAGACAGUCCUGAACUUGAAAGUGAAGAUAUGAGAACUAUUGUAUUGUCACAGGAUCAACCGCAUCCCUCCUCAAUGAUACCUGACUUGAAAGAGAAUCUAUGUAAAUCGGAAUAUCUGCAAUCGGAAAAUACAGCCGAGCUUGCUCAAGUUAAGAGCAUGGAAGAAAUCCCAUUGGAAAACUGUUCUUCAAGCUCUACUGCCGUGAAAGAGAUCUUGGCCAAAAAAGCGAUCGCUUCACUUUCUGAUCCCGGCGAUGAUCCGAAUGGAUCUCAACGUGUUUACAACAAAGGUCUUGGUGAAGAACAAAAAGAUGAAUUCAACUUCAGCAAAGUCAAGUUUCCAGCAUCUCAGGACUUUGCAAAGCAAUCGUGUGAGGUUGAAUUCAUGGAAGAAACCCCUACAAAUGAAAUCAAUGUGAAAUCAGCAAAAGUUCCCCCAGACAAUAAUAAACGUCCAAGUCAACCAGAAGACUCCUGCAAUGAUGUAUAUGGGGAUGAUAGGAGUAAUAUGGUGCAUAAUGCGGAAAAUGGAAGAAGCGUAGAUUCACAAUUAUUUCCUCCGUUAAAAAAAAUACUUAGGAGUGAGAAUUUUUCAGCUAAAGCAAAGGUUACGUCUGGAAAAAGCAUAAGCUGUUUGAUCCAGGCUGGAAAUCCUUAUCAAUCACACGCUCAGAACUGGAGCCCACCAAAGUUCCACAUGGUUUCUAGCAGGAGUCUUGUAUAUAAACAGUAUCAGAAAGAUCUUGAAGACGAAAAUCCCACGGUGCUCUUUUCUGAUAUUCCUGCAGCUAAAGAGACAUGCACAGAUGAUAGGAACACACUUAUUAAUGAGGAGAACCCCAAUAAACAAGUGUUAAAUGUAGAGGAGAGUCCUUUGACCCCGCCAAUAACAGUUCAGAAGGAGGAGAAUGGAAAUUUGCAGAAUACUCCGGUUUAUUCGCCUAAGAGUCACAGUUUGUCAACAGAUGGACCCACAGUUGGUACCGCAAGAAGAAACUUGGAUAAUUCAGAGCAUGGAGACACAUUGAAAUCAAAUCUAAGUGAAACAAAUGAAACUUUGGCAAGUGGGUAUAAUUCCACUGCUUGCCAUGAAGUCAAAAAUGGUGAAUGGGGAAAUCCCAACCUUGUUGGGGAGGAGACAAAGGAGUCCGUUGUUAGUUAUAACGCCCAAGAAACGACUGGUGGGAAUGUUCCAGGGGAAUCCUGUCCAACAUUAGACAGCGGAAAGUCUAACAGCGCAAUAAAUACGUGUUCUGGAGAAAUACUAGAGGAAACAGAUAUUAUGAGACCUCCGGCUGACGCUUCAGCCUUACGUGAUCAUCCCACUCUCAAGAGCUAUCACAGUGCAGAAUGGAGUGCGGUUGCUCAGAUCUAUCAAGAUGUUUCCAAAAGGCAGCCUCCAGCCUCGCCCGAGUUACCAUCGGAGGGAAAAGUGGGCCGAUCCUGCUCCAAAUUACAGGAUAAAGUCAGUGAGAUUGAGAAGCUGUUAUUUACCCAAAGACUCAGCGGAGUCAUGAAAAGAAAAUUAGCAGAGGACAUACAAAUGGCUGGGGAAUAAGUACUUCCUGUUAGUUUUUCUAUAUUAUUUUAGCUCAGG